AUUGUAAAAACGCAUUCAAUUUUCUUUUAGUCGUGUGGGAGGGAAAGUGUCAAAGUGGCGACGGUUUUUUUAAAUGGCUUCGCCAGUCUCAUGUGACCAUUCCUCUUAAUUCAAUCUUUCUUCUACACCUUACCAUCUCCAUCACAUCAUAAUUACAAACAACAACAGAACUCUUAACCAUGGUAUCUGAUGACUCGGGUGAGGAAAAAGUCCAGGCAUUUCGCCUCGUCAGCCUGGAUGGGUCACCCAUUCCAGGAUUAGAUAUCCAAUACAUUGAACCUCGAUAUGACCGAAGUACACGGCAGUACGUCAUCCUCUGGAACGAUAUUGUGUUUUCUUACAAGGAUGCAAUGCAUGUAAAGAAAGGAAAAGUGACUCUAUCAUGUCUCACGGACGACAACCUUGUAUACCUUGAGCCACUUCGAAUCCGCGCAGAACCUGAUAUCGUGUUGAAUGUGGUCAUUUCCCUUCAGGCAAGCUAUCUAAGAGAGCCAUAUCCAGAUUCAACAACUGCUCAAAGGAAUGAAGACUCAUCUACAAUAGAAUUAUAUGAGGCUACCCUCCAAAGCUCUGUCAAAAAAAGUAAUAUUGAUGAUCGCAAAAGUCUUAAGGCAGAUGGCACAGCUUCUUUGACAGUAACUGAAGCUCAUUCAGAAGAUAUUCCGAGUUAUGAAGAAAGCGCAGAGUUGAUGGCAGUGCCGCUUAGUGGAGAGAUACAGCCAGGAGGUAUAAGCAAAGGGGGAUCCAAAGAUGAGGCCAAUCUACGCCUUAUCCUUAAGGAUAACGGAGAUCCACAGGAUUAUUCAAAAGCCUUUGACUGGUACUACACUGAAGCCAACUGGGGAUGGUCCGGCGCUCGGACUAACAUGGGUUACAUGUACUAUCAUGGCAUGGGAGUUCAACAGAGCUAUUCAGAUGCUUUUGACUGCUAUUCUACGGCAGCCAAAAAAGGAAACGUUCAAGCCCAGAGCAAUAUAGGCUGCCUAUACGAACAUGGUAAAGGAGUUGAGCAGGACUAUUCGAAAGCCAUUGAGUGGUACCUCAAGGCAGCCAACCAGGGAAACGCCAUUGCUCAGAUCAAUCUAGGUUGGAUGUACUUUUAUGGGAAAGGAGUUGAGCAAGACUAUUCAAAAGCCUUUGACUGGUGCCUCAAGCCAGCCAACCUAGGAAAUGCCAGUGCUCAGAGUAGCUUAGGUUACAUGUACCUUGAGGCCAAAGGAGACUCGAAGGACUAUUCGAAAGCCACCUAUUGGCUUCUCAAGGCAGCCAGCCAAGAGAAUACUAUUGCGCAGAGCAACCUAGGCUACAUUCACUCUCGUGGCAAAGGAGUUAAACAAGACUAUUCGAAAGCCUUUGACUGGUAUCUCAAGGCAGCCAAUCUAGGAAACGCCACCGCUCAGAGUAACCUAGGGUACAUGUACUAUCAUGGCGUAGGGGUUUCACAGGACCAUUCGAAGGCCUAUGACUGGUAUCUCAAGGCUGCCGAUCAGGGAUGUGCUAGUGCUCAGCGCACCAUUGGUUCUAUGUAUCGAAUUGGAAAAGGAACCCAUGUUAAAGCAGCGUAAUAGCAACAAGGACUUGCAGUCUAAGAUGCUAUUGAUGACAAGCAGAAGCUGAUUCGGCUCAAGUACUUACGGCUCUUGGAUGUUUUUUAAUCUGAAGAACUCCUAAGUACAGUACGUAUUUGAGAUCCAAUAUCCUUCAUUUAAUUCGAUAAUUAAAUAAUGAAGUGUCGAUUGCAACUAUAGGGAGUUUGGGCCGAGAAAGCAAUAGCAAAUGCCAUACUCCACGAUUUGUAUACUUAGGAUGUAGUGGAUCUGUAAUGUCAGUGUAACAAAAGAAACAAAAGAAAUGGCAUUCGUUACAAAGCGACGAAUUAAUUACCAUCUUGCGAUUAGAAGUUACCUGGUUUGACUAGAUAUACUUUUACAUUCUAAGUUUUUAUCUUGACGGUGAAG